AGUGUUUUUAAGGGUUUUGGUUUGUUUAUAACGUUUGCUUUAGGACGGUGGAUUUACAUAACUGCAACCUUUCUAUCAAGUGUAUUAUUAUCUUAUAAAAUGUCAACUAUAGAAAAGGGAUUAGUUGUAAAUCUGUCGACGCUAAACAACGGUGAUGGCUAUGGAGCACUAUUCAGAUACACCCUUAAUUCAGUGUGAAAUCGGAAUAUAAACUGUGGUUUCAUUGUUACUAUGUUAAAUACAAUGUAUCUGACAAGUAAUGACAUAAAAGAAUUUGUUUAUGGUGGUGCACAAGAAUGCACAAGAAGUAAGGCCUAAAACAAUGUAGAUGUGUAUGAAUGGAUAAACAUACAAUUUCUCACAAUUCCAAGUCACCUUUGUCUGGUGAUAACAACUGAAAACAAUUGAAAUUUCUUUAUUUAAUGAAGAGAUUUGCCAUGGCGAAACGAUGUUCUGGGUGCGUCACCCUGUGGCUGACGAGUAUAACCGGACUUAGCCUACCCCUGCUGUGGAUGGAUAUGGUUAAUAGGGGUCCAGGAAACCUGAUAAAAACAGUAUCUGCCACACAGACAUCUAGGCUAGACACUUGUAUGAUCCCGUCUCAUUCCGCGCUUGUGACGUACACCCUCCCCAGACUGGCCACGCUAUACCACACAUACCUAUCGAGCGAGCAAAUACCGUGUAAACAGGGAGUACGACUUGGCAGGACACGGUCGGGUGGUUGGGAUGUGUGUAUUGAUGAGGAAUUCAGGCUGGCCGAUCCAUGCGUCGUUUACUCAUUCGGUGUUGGAAAAGACUUUUCUUUCAGCGAGGAAAUGACGAGGACAUUCGGCUGUUUUGUCUACGCCUUCGACCCAGGGGUGAAACGUACCGGAAGACGACAACUACAGAGGUUGAUAUUCACUCCCGAAGGUAUCAACAACUUUACCGGAUAUAGUCGGCAACGACGGACACGCAUGAGUACGUUGAAAGAAAUACGGCGCCAUUUCGGGCAUUGUGAUAAAACGGUAGAUGUAAUAACAAUGGACAUCGCUCCGACAGAAUUAGCCGUCAUUCCUCACGCCCUACAACACGGCGACCUCCACAGCGUCAAACAGUUCAAUCUAAGGCUCGGUAACCCGGCCCAUGUUUUAAAGGAGACGACAGAGAAUUAUAUAAGUAGACUGAACGUCCUCCGUGAUUUAUGUUUCGUCGGCUUCAGAAGCUGGAUAAUCAAUGAAAACAACAAGUGUUUAUUUCAUUCCGACGUAUUACAUAAACACGUCAUUGGAUGUCACGAGGUCUCCUUUCUUAACCUCAGAUAUAUAUAAACAAUCAGUUACCAUAGUAACGAUCCUAUAAGUGCAAUCAUAUGAGAAUACCGAUUCCUUCUUUGAGUGUACAUAUGUAUUUAGGAAAACGUAUAUGUCUUACAGUAGUUAGCGUUCUACAUACGUUAGCAAAUUAAAGAGCGCGCAAGAGGUGAGGAAAUAUCAAAGUUUAACUUUAUACACAAACAA